GUCAAGAAGGCUUUUUUGCUCGGGUCAGAGCGGCGGCGGCGGCGGCGGCGGAGUGCAUUACCCCGCACUCUUCUCGCCUCGAGGCGCACCUUCCCCGCGCUUUCACUGCUUGCUGUAGAGACGAGGUGAGCGUGAGAACGAAUCGAGCGAGGAGGUCGAAAAUUAAAGCCUCGUCAAUGACUGUGCGAGUAGUCAGCUAUCCUGUCAAGUUACCUCAAGGUACAUACGGCACUGCCUGGCUAGCACAGCAUGGCUCCUCAGAAGGAGGAGAAUGAAUCUGGCAAUUUACUGAAGAUGCUCAUGAGCGAGAUUGACGACCUCGACCUCUCAGACCUGGAUCACCCAGACGAAUCCUCCCCCGCCGAUCUCAUCGAGCCGGGCUACGAGAUCUCCAAGCUCUUCGCCAUCAUCGAGUUUGGUCUGCGCCAUGCAAAUGACGAGGACGGCCUGCUUGCCGGGACGGACAUGAUGGACCGCGAGGCUGCACGCAAGGCUAUCAAUGGUAAUUUCCUCUUCGAGGUUGCAAGCUCCUCGAGCAAGGAUGUUUCGCAUUUCCGCGUCGAUAUGCGCUCGGGUGGGACCAUCAUCAAGGGCAAAGGUCCCGCGAAGCCCAAGCCGGACGUGACAAUUCGUGUUGCUGAUAAGGAUAUGGUGGCCCUUGCGAUGGGCAAGGUGGCGCCUCAAAGCAUGUUCUUGAAGGGUCGGCUGAAGCCAAAGGGCAAUAUCAUGCUUGGCCUCAAGAUGAACAACGUCCUACAAAAGGAGAUCAGCAAGCUGAGCAAGCUCUGAUGUCCUCGCCUCUCGGCUGAUCCCUCGACUGCAGUCAUCCCGGCGCUCACAGGAGCGAAGCAAAAAGGGUAGAUGGCAUUGGAGUAUAGGUGGAGAGGAGCGGAGACAAAGGCGGUAAAAGUGCAAAGGCUGGAUGGAGAUUGACGAAAGCGGAGGGGAGCAGGAAAAUGAUGGGAAUGAAGAGCAAUGACAGAGGGAAAGGGGCCGGCAAGCUGGAUACGUGUGCCGGCGAUUCAAGGUUGAGAUGGGAUGGCUGAGUCGAUCCUGGGUGGGAAGUGCACAGCGCUUCCUCUUGUCGCACCCUCACGCUCUAGCCGCGGUAGAAUGGAUUGCUUCCCGUUGCCUGUCCGUUCAUGGGCUUGCCUGUGGCUUGUGAAGGAAUAUUCUGCCUCG